UCAACUUAUUCAAAAAAAAUUCUGCAGUGCCGGAUGGCGUCGGGUAGGUGAAAAGUGUAGGAGUCGAGAAACUUCAUGAUAGUAAAUAACGACGUUACUGUAUUUCUGUCUUAGCUACCAGAAACCCACACUACGAAACUGUCAUUUUUCAUUCAAACAUGCCUCGGAAAAAGCCAUUCAGCACCAAACAGAAGAAGAAACAGAUGCAAGUGAAACGGGAAAGAAAGAGAGGUGAGCCAGGCUCAGGGCCCAGCAGCCGUAAUGCCAGUGUGGAGCGGGGGAUGGACAGGGAGAGGCAGUCGGACACCUCAGAUAGCGAAACCACAGAUGUCAGGAGGUUAAACCAGCAGCCCGGCAUCAGGGAGGGCAGAUACGAUCCCAAUAGGUUCCGUCUGCACUUUGAGAAGGAGAGCAGAGAGGAGGUGGAGAGGAGGAAGAAGCUUGCCAGAGAGAAGGUUCUGAACCAGAUGUUAGACAAAGACCUGGAGGUUGACAUCAACGACAUCUACCCCACUGAAAAAGGUCUUGAGUUUCCGCGGCGACCUCCGUGGAACUAUGGGAUGAAUCGUGAGGAGCUGCUGAAGAAAGAAGAGAAGUCAUACCGGGAAUAUCUGAACGACCUGCACUCCAGAAACCCACCUGGAUCCCUCAGCCACUUUGAGCACAACCUGGAGACGUGGAGACAGUUGUGGAGAGUGUUGGAGAUGUCCGAUGUGAUCCUGCUCAUCGUGGACAUCAGGCACCCGGUGCUGCAGUUUCCCCCAGCGCUGUACCACUACAUCACUGGGGAGCUGCAGAAGCAGGUGGUGAUGGUGCUGAACAAAGCUGACCUGUGUCCCCCUCCCCUGGUGCUGGCCUGGACACACUACCUCCAUACACAGUUCCCCCACCUCCACUGUGUCUGCUUCACAUCACACCCCGGCCAGCCAUACAGCACAGUGCUCCAGAAGAAGAGGAUGAGAAAAAAGGGUACAUGUGGGUGGGGACAUGCUGGAGGCCCUACCCACAUCCUGAAGGCGUGUCAGGAAAUCACAGCAGGAAAAGUGGACCUGUCCAGCUGGGAGAAGAAGAUCCAGAGAGAUGCGGUUGCUAUGGGACCAGAGGGAGAGCAGUCAGAGGAGGGGGCGGACUCUGUGCUAGUGGAGCACCAGAGUGAUGUUGCCAUGGAGAUGAGCAGCCCCUCCCAGGAGCUGUAUAAAGAUGGCGUACUCACGCUGGGCUGUAUAGGCUUCCCUAACGUAGGGAAGUCAUCAGUAUUGAACAGUCUGGUAGGUAGGAAGGUGGUGAGUGUGUCUCGAACCCCCGGCCACACCAAAUACUUCCAGACCUACUACCUCACACCCACUGUCAAACUGUGUGACUGCCCUGGACUGGUCUUCCCUUCACUAGUCAACAAACAACUACAGAUCCUAGCUGGUAUCUACCCAGUGUCUCAGCUGCAGGAGCCCUACAGUUCUGUGGGUUAUCUGUGUGAGCGGACCCCCUUCCUGUCGGUGCUCAAGCUCCGGCACCCCAGCGUGGAGGGCCCACAGCAUGCACCCAAGGGGGGGGAGAAGGAGAGGGAGCAGGGGCCCGAGCACAGCUGGACAGCCUGGGACGUGUGUGAGGCCUGGGCAGAGAGGAGGGGUUAUAAAACAGCGAAGGCAGCUCGUAACGACGUGUAUCGGGCGGCUAACAGUCUGCUGCGGCUGGCCGUUGACGGCAGGCUGUGUCUGUGCCUCAGACCACCUGCAUACAACGAUCAGAGAGAGCAGUGGGAGUCCCACCCAGACCUGGCAGAGAUCAUCGCUCUACAGGGACGGAGGGAAGAGGAGGGGGCAGGAGAGAGGGAUGAGGAGGAGGAGGGAGAGUCCAGCUCUGAGCCAGAGGAGGAGAGGGAUAGGGACGCUGAUGAUGAUGAGGAUGAUGAAGACGAAGGGUUUGGACACCCGGCAGUGAAGGAGAGGAAGGGGCCAACCAGCCUCACAGUCAACAUGUUCGAUGUCCUCCGGGAAAACGAGUGCGAGUGAGGGACAAGGGAAGAAAUAAUGAAUUUAAAAAACAAAGUGCUUGAUCUCUCCCUCUACACUCACUGCACCUUCAUUCCAUUUUCCUUUCCUUGACUUGCAUUCCUUUAACAUUCUGACUCAACUCUUCUUUCCUCUACUCUCUCUCCCCAACCCCUCCCUCUCCCAGAGGUUACUAAAAGCACUCUGAUAUUGUAAAAACAUUUCUUUCUCCAUGCUGUGCCUCUGCUCUGCUUGUACACCCAUGCAGCUGUACUUAGACUGCAUUUAGACAGGCAGCCCAAUUCUGAUCUUUUUUCUACUAAGGAUGCGAUUAGUCAAAAGAACAAUUAGUAGAAAAAAGAUCAGAAUUGGGCUGCCUGUCUAAACUAUUGUAGGAUUACAUUUGGUUUGGUUUUUUAUCAUCUUCCUGCAUGUAGGAUUUUACUAUUAUUAUUUCCCUUAAAGCUGGUAGGGGCAUUGUGGUGUAUUAAUCAUUGAUUGGUUUUCAAUCUGUUUUAUUGAUAAGUGGCCUCACAGUUGAGAUGCCAAAAGUCAGAUAAGGUCAUUAGACCCUAGAAAUGGAAUGGCUUGAACUGUGACAGGGUUAUGGAUUCCACCUCAUGUUGACGGUCACACAGUCUAAAUGGGGAUUAGACAGUGAUAAUGAUGUUAUCCACAUGGGACUACUAUUUGGCUGCCAGUGCAGAUUUAUGACAUCACUAUCUAAUCCUGGUUGAUUUCACUUUAUACGACGGUAUGAUAGUACUUCGGUAGGGUGGUGAUCCAUUCCAUGCUGCUUUCAGUGGUAAUAAUCAUCGUUGAACCCAUUUUAUAUGGUUCUACCCAAUUCAGUGUUAUAUUUUAGUGUCUACUAGGGGCAGUGAUCUUCAAUCCUGGUGCAGGAGACUCAGAGUAUUGGACUGAAACAAAAGCCUACAUACCUUGUGGGUCCCCAGGACCAGACUUGAAAACAUCUGAUUGGGUUUAAAGACCUGUUGUUGUGGACUAUAUACGUAGUGUUUGAACUACUACAGAAGAAAACAGAGCCACUCACGUGCAGCACUGUAUCAUGCAACGCUGACUGACUGACUCACUUGAGAGAGAGUUUGGCCACCAUAAAGCACUCUGAUGUUCUGAGAUAGUAUCACAUGGUUCCAUAGCAGCCAAUAUUGACCAAUACAGUAACGGUCCUGUUAAUGAUCCUAAAUUAUGCCAGCUAUGCAAACGAGCUGAGUAGCUAGAAUUUAGAACGAGAGUCUAAAUACUGGAAGAAUGGAACGACAUUAAUGUUGGUCAAACUUCCGUUUCUAUCUCUCUAUGGCUCUGUUCUAAUGUUACAAUCUGUCAGGGCUGGAUUAUAGUGUACUGUUGCCUACUGUUAUACCUCAUUGUUCCUGUUCAACUGUAUUACAUGUCACUCUGAGGGAACUACAGCACAGUGCUGUGUUACCGUGUAACAACAUGCACUGUUCUGGUCUAUACCAAUGGCACACUUAGAAAUAUACACACUAGGGCCAUUCCUUUUUCCUAUCUGUGUGACUGAUCAGGAAAAACUCUGGGCCGUAGUGUGUCUAAGCAACAAGUAGGGACCCAGCAGUUUUUCCUACCCACGUGACCAGGAAAAACUCCUGUCCCUAAUACACACCACUCUGGUUUCCGAUAUGGAGAUAGAUGUGUUAAUGCUUUUUGUUUGAAUGAUUAAAACAGACUUGUGAGUGUU